AUGCACUCCACGAUCGCAUUGCUGGCAAUCGUCGUGAUGUCGUUUUCCCACGUGUCCACCAAACGUCGCGCCACUUUUGACACGGUCUUUGAAUCCAAUGUGGCAAUGGCUUCGUCCAAUCCCGCGAAAAUUGGUUGCCUCCACGACUCGACGCGUCCUCCAAGAUCAGCUAAACUUACCGCUGUAUGUGCGACUGAGGUGGGAUCGCUCGCAUCGAUGGCGCUGCACAUGCGUUGCGCAAAAUCCGUGACGCUCUCAAGCGCUCGAGACGUUGUCGUCAUCGUCUUGGCGUCUGUUAUUUCGAGAAGCGCCGCGAUAUCAUUCAACUCACGGCAGUUGGUCUCUUCGCACGCACGCACGAUGGCAGAUACAAUUUGA